AUGUCUCUGGGCGCGUCUGCCGAUAAUGCUGAGAGCGUCGCCGCCGGCUUUCAUACAUUCCGUGCCCCUCUUCCUGAACAUGCGGCCGAGGUGACCUCUCUGAUCGCCGACUUAUACAACAUCAGCUCAUCGCUGUCAAACCUGGAGGCUCUGAACAGAGAUCCGCGCUAUCGACGCAGCUUUCAAGUCAUCCAGUCUGACUUGUCAUUGGUACAGACGAGUCUCAAAUACACCGGCGAUGAUAUUCUGGACUUUUUCCGUGCCCUCGAUGGUGGCCAAGCCAGCUCGGCAAUUUACUUGCGCACAUGGACAGCCUUGAAUGACUUCUUUUGGGAUGAAGCGCAGUACAGCCUCGCGACUCGCUUAGCCAAGUACAAGACGUUCUUGAGAGAGCUCGGCGAGGUGGUGAAGGAUGACGGUCAAGACCCCCAUUACCUGUCGGUUCUUCGAAAUGGUAUUAAAAUAUUGUGCGAUGUACAAACAUCGCAUAUCACCGAACGUAUUCGUCGUGUGCCGCUCCAUCGAAAUCCCUCAUCCAGCGGGAGUGCCGAGCCUGUGAGCCCUAUCAGCGAUCGAAGAGCACCCCGGCGAAGGUCAUAUGAACGUACUCGCCCGGCGCACGCAUCUCCAACAUCGCCAAUGUCCCCUUCAUCGGGAACUUACUCGGAUUUCCCGCCCUCUGUGCCAGACGUUCCAGCCUCGCCAAUGACAUCGGCAACUUCAGCAACAACUGCCACCAGUCGCUCGGCAAACACCGAUUUCUCGAGAGCUCACUGGGCUCAAGCGGCGUUCAAGACGCCUAGCACAAGCACUCCCUUGCCGAGAGUAGAACAGAGCCCUGCCAUAGAUCAAGCUGUCAAGGAGAUUUAUGCCCUGAUGCGAAGGAAAUGCUCCGGGGAAGAGGAUUUGAAGAGCUUCUUGAAUUGUGAGUCGCCGAAAUCGUCCCUGCGGAGUAUGCCGCUCACCAUGAUGAAGUCGCCUUGA